AUGAGGGACGCGUCACUAGAAGGGCUAUCGGACGAGCUGAUAUUGGAAAUUAUCAAACACCUAUCUUUCAUCGAGAGCUCAUCCUACUACCAAGAAAGCAAUUCCACUGCGAAGAUUCUGUUCAGCCUUGGCCGGUGUUGUCAUCGAUUCUAUGGGCUUGUUCUGCCCUUCGCCUAUUCCCAUUUUUACCAGUCUGAGGGGAACAAAUGUUCUAUAUUUUUGUGCAGAAUAUUGGAGAGUCCGGCAUUAGCAAAUUAUGUCAAAUCCCUCACAAUCACUUCUGAGUCGGGUUGGGAAGAGCAAACUUCUGGUUCAUGCGACCGUAAUUCUGCAAUUGCUUCUUGGGAUGAGGAGGAGCUGUCGCGUGUGAGAAUAGCAAUUGAGGAGGCUUCCCAGUCCUCAAAGGACGCCAUUGACUGGUUCAGCGAAUUAAAAAAAGGCACCUGGGAUGCCUGGAUAGCGGUUUUGUUAUCACGGCUUCCUAAUCUUGAAGUGUUGGAUAUCCAUCAGGUCUAUGAUAGGAUGGAUCAUGACACCCAACCCUGGCUUCUAAAGUUCUUGACCAAAGCCACUAAGCUUCAAAAUACAUCCUCGACCUCGGUACUCGCACUCAACAAGCUUAGAGAGGUGUCAAUUUACCAAGAAGAAGAGAGUGCAAUUAAAAGCAUAGAGGCUCGCGCCUUUCUAAAUUUGCAAUCAGUCAAAACCUUUGCCGCUCACCCUUUGGAUGGAGAGGAUAUAGACUGGGAGGAUGACAAUUAUCGAUUCGCCACCACAGACUUGACUUUUUCUUUUGACUACGUACAUGAUGAGCCCAGACUGGCACCAGGACUACGACCACUCGCGAGGCUUCUCAGAUGCUUUCCCUCACUCGAGAGUCUACAUGUUGAUCGUCAAGAUGAGUCACUCAGAAUUUCCCAAGCGCAUGUGACCGAUUUUAUGCAAAUCAUGUCUCAUCUUCAAGACACCCUCAAAGAGCUGCAUCUUUUUGCAAUAGAUAGUCCCGAAAGCUCAAUUGGUUCUCUAGCCGACUUUGAGAAGUUGAAAACUCUCAGUGUGGCGCCGUCAUUGCUCACCGGUUCUGCAUUGGAUACUAACACCGGACUUCCUUACGCGAAUAUCAUGAUGGAGUCUCUCCCUCGUGCUCUCGGGUACCUCAACUUCUGGAACAUUACACAACAAGAAGCUCCUUCAAUCAUCGCACUCAUCCAGAACAAAGAUAAAUACACCCCUUCGCUAAGAUCCCUCACACUCGAAUGGGUAGAAAUCAGAUACCCAGAUGAAAAGAAAAACGCUCAUCCACUUUCAGAGGUGCUGUUCAAACAUCCUGGUUUCACAAGAGAACAAGCUUGUGAUCUAUGGCAAGAUUGCCAAGCCAAGAACGUGGAAAUAGUGACUAAGGUCCAAUCACCACCAACGAAGUUCGUAGCAUGGCCCUACAACAAGGAGAUUCCGAAAUUUCUUCCAAAAGAAACAACUGCAAGUCGGGAGUAUGGCGCUUAUGGAAAGUAUUCGCAACCCGUCUUCAAUUUUCCGUGGCCCUAUGACGGAUUUGAGGACUUUGUUAAAGAGCAGGGGUAUGAUAUGAAUGUAAAGCCCACUAAGUUGCAAGAUUGGGGGACCUAUGGAGAGGAUGGUGUCGGUAUGGGACCUUCUUGGGAUAGUUUACAAAAAAGUCUUGAGGUCGAAAGACUGGCACGUGGCUACUAG